AUGCAACGAACACGUUACCAGAAUGCAGCCGAUAGUCAAUUCAACGAUAAUUGGGAACGUCUAGCCCAAGCCAUUCGAGAGAUUCAUAAAAAAAAUGCGUCGAUCCUAAGUUUCGAAGAACUAUAUCGCAACGCUUAUAAUAUGGUACUCCAUAAGAACGGAGACAAGCUAUAUGAAGGCGUCAAAAAAGUUAUUACUCAACAUUUGGAAGAUGUAGCGUUAGCGCAAGUAGUACCUGCCUUUCCGUUAUCAGGUGCCAGCAGUUCGCAAGCCAAUCCAACAAAUGGAGCUGGUGGUGCAAAUUUCUUGAAAGUGUUGAAAACUGUGUGGGAAGAUCAUACAACUUGCAUGCUUAUGAUCAGAGAUAUUCUUAUGUAUAUGGAUCGGGUUUACGCGAAAUCUGCGACCGUUCCUCUGGUCUAUGAUCUGGGAUUAGAACUUUUUAGGGACACAAUAGUCCGAUCCCAAAAAUAUCCAAUCCAACAUCAUCUGUUGGACGUGCUUCUGCAACAGAUUCUCCUUGAGCGUGAAAACGAGAUCAUCGAUCGUUCCAGCGUGAAGGCUUCAAUGGAUAUGUUACUUGAGUUGGUUGACGCAGCAACAAAAGGGACAGUUUAUGACGCUGACUUUGAGGGUCGAUUCCUGGAAACAAGUGCUGAAUAUUAUCGUGUGGAAGGACAAAUGUUGGUUAGCGAUUGUGAUGCCCCAGAAUACAUGAAAAAGGUCGAAAAGCGACUAAAUGAGGAAGAACAAAGGGUGCGUCAUUACCUUUCGCAAACAACGGAACAAAAAAUUAGAAACAUUGUCGAAGAGGAACUCAUUUCCAAACAUCUCAAGACGGUUAUCGAUAUGGAGAAUUCUGGUCUAAUUCCCAUGUUAAGAAACGAAAAGAUGGAUGAUCUCGGAAGAAUGUAUAAGCUGUUUGGUCGAGUUAUAAAGGGUCACGAAGAAAUGAAAUCUGCUAUUAGUAAUCACAUACGAGAACUAGGAAAGGAAAUUAAUGAGAAGAACGCUCAAACCGGAACAUCGGUGGCUAUACGAUGGGUGCAGGAUGUUCUAGAUCUAAAGGAUAAGUUCGAUAAGGUUCAGGAGCAAGCUUUGUCCAGUGAUAAAUCAUUUCAAACUGCAUUUAACGAGGCAUUCGAACAUUUCAUCAAUAAAAAUCCCAAAUCACCCGAAUUCAUAUCACUAUUCAUUGAUGAGAAUUUAAAGAAAGGACUAAAAGGGAAAACGGAGGAAGAGGUUGACAAUGUAUUGGAUAAGACUAUAACGCUGUUUCGAUUUAUUGGUGAAAAAGAUGUUUUCGAACGAUAUUACAAACAACAUUUGGCUAAGCGCCUAUUACUUGGACGUAGUGUAAGUGAUGACGCCGAAAGAGGAAUGAUAGGAAAACUUAAGAUCGAGUGUGGAUAUCAAUUUACCACAAAACUUGAAGGGAUGUUCAAUGACAUGAGGAUGUCUACGGAAACAAUGACUGAAUUUAAAAAGGAUCAACAAGAUAAACAACCAUCGGAGAGACCUAAACUGGAUAUAAAUGUCACUGUUCUUACAUCCACAUUUUGGCCAAUGAACUUGUCGGCAAGCCCGCGAUGUAAUUUUCCCGCUGAAAUAACAAAAGCCUGUGAAAUUUUCCAAAAGUUUUACCUUGAACGACACAGCGGGCGAAGAUUGACAUGGCAAUCAAAUAUGGGAAAUGCUGAUAUUCGUGCCAACUUCAAUUCACGGAAACAUGACCUUAACGUGUCAACAUAUCAAAUGGUGAUACUUUUAAUGUUCAAUAAUUUACCAGCUGACGAAUAUUUAUCAUAUGAGAUAAUAAAAGGUGAAAGUGACAUUCCUGAGCAAGAUCUAAAGCGCAAUCUUCAAUCAUUAGCUUGUGCCAAAUAUAAAAUCCUUUUGAAAGAGCCCAAAGGUAAAGAAAUUAACGCUGGAGAUAAAUUCUAUUUCAAUGCCGAAUUCACUGCUCCACUACAACGAAUCAAAAUUCAAACGGUUGCAAGCAAGGUUGAAACAGAGGGAGAGAGAAAAGAUACAAGGGAAAAAGUUGAAGAGGCGAGGAAACAUCAGACAGAAGCUGCAAUUGUAAGAACUAUGAAAGAUCGAAAGACUAUGGAACAUAAUCUUUUGAUUGCAGAGGUGACACGGCAAUUGCAGCAAAGAUUUGUUCCUCAUCCAAGUAUGAUCAAAAAACGAAUCGAAGCCUUGAUCGAGAGAGAAUACUUGGAACGGGCGCCCGGUAAUAGGCGUGUUUACAACUAUCGAGCAUAA